GCCUAUGGCAAGUUCACCUGCGCAUGGACAAGAUCCUCCUUUUGCAGAACAGAGACGUGAUGAUUUAGAGCCUCUUGAAAAUGAUCCCUGGGCGCGACCUGCGCAAGUUGGAACUCCGAUGUCGCAGACACCUUUGGAGCCUAGGAGUGAUGGGGGUCGAAAACAUGUUGACUAUCGUCUAGAUCCUGCACCUAGUUGGGGAGGAGACAGUCCUGAAAAGCAUUUCAAAGAGUACCAUAGAAACCUUCAGUUGUGGUUGGUUGAAGCUGAAGCCCGGAUUCCCCACAACUUGAUUGGCAAAAGAAUCAUAGAUAGCAUUCCAUUGGGUUCAAAGCUUUCAACCCUGCUUGCACACCUCACGGUGGACGAGAUCACCGCUUCUGAUGGGCACCAGGUGAUCCUUUCGAUCAUUGAAGAAGCUCAUGCAUACCUCAAGGACCAUCGACUUGAACAGGCCUUUGAUGAGGCGAUUUUCCGUGGACGCCGCGAACGUGGCCAAAGCAUGACAGCGUUUUUGGCUUCGAAGAAGGCGUCAUUUGCAGAGCUUCGCAAACAGGGGCUUGACUUGUUGUCAAAUGCUGCUGGACGCCAUCUUCUUGGACAUUUGAUCCUUCGGCAAGGUGGUUUUUCCAAUGACCAGCGUCAACGGCUGAAGGUUGUGACCAACGGGUCAAUUGACUACAAGGUUGAGACCUAUGCCGAGAUGGAGAUGGCCGAUGACGACCCUGACCUCUUUGAGGACCUUGUCUGCCUGAACGAGGAGAACGAAGUGCAAAUGACGUUCCCCGAGGAGUUGCCGAUGGUCAUGGAUGAGUCCGAUGCUUUGGAAACUUUGGGCAACAACCUGGAGAACAUCUUCUACGAGACCCGUGAACGUUUGAAAGGCAAGGGCAAGGGCAAAUCAAAGAAGGGCAAAGGCAAGGGCUUUGCUAAGACCUUUGGCCAAGCGGCCUAUCCAGGUUUUGGAGGUGGACGUGGAGGAUGCUUGGAGCACAGACGCAUGCUGCAAGCUUCACGAAAUGCCAGAGGAUAUGAUCGUCCAUCAUGGCAGUCAAGGGCAGGAACCAGAAUGUCACUCCAUGAGCUGAAGGCAAAAAGCCGUUGCCACCAAUGCAAACAAGUUGGACAUUGGUCCAAAGAAUGUCCUCAACGUGGCAAACUCAGCUCUGGACCCAGGAGCACAGUGUCAGCUGGUGGAACAUCCAAUUCAUCUAUGUCCACAGGCUUUUUCGUGGAACCACCACGGUCCAUGGCCAGUUUUAGCGGCGAACGAUACUUUUCUGGAGCUGCGAAAUAUGUGGAGCGGCCGUUUUCAGGGCUGAGUUUUGUUUUUCUGGGUGUCAACAAAUCCACUGGUACAGCACUAGUCGACACUGCUGCACAACAUGGUUUGGUUGGUUUGGAAACUUUGGAAGCUCAUGACCAGUUUUUGCAUGAACAUUUUGGUUUGCGAGUUCAAUGGUCACAUGAAGCAGGGGGUUCAGUGCGUGGAGUUUGUGGUGCUGAAGAAACAACUAGGAUAGCCUAUGUUCCAAUUGGUCUUGGUGGCAAGAGCGGAGUUUUACGAGUUCAGGUUGUUCCAGGUGAUAUUCCAUUUUUACUCCCAGCAUACUUCUUGACAGAACUUGAGGCAGUGAUUGACAUGAAACAUGGCACCAUCAUGUACAUGGCCUUGGGUGUGAAGCAAGACAUGAACCGUUUGAGCACAGGGCAUGUUUCAGUGAGCAUCGUGGAGUUUGGAGAUGGAUUUCAUGUACCUGCAACUUUUUGUGGCACAAGAAGCAAGGCGUGGUCAACAAAGGCCGUGCCUGAUUGGUCCCAACUGUCGACCUCACAUGCUCCCGGCUCGGUUGCAAUGGGGCCGGUGGCGGCGCUUGUUGCUGCGGUUCUUCACCUCCACUUUCCUUCGCGAGAACAACUGGAGAAGCAGAUCUACGAUUUGCAGCAGCAGGAGCAGAAGAUGGUGGCAACUGCAGCGGCUACAAGCUCAAUGUCAACACCUGGCCAGUUGAACAUUGCCCGACGGGAAGAACGACAGCAACCGCUGGCAUGCAUCAUGGGCAGAGGCAAAUACCUAGUGCCUCAAUUGGAAGCUUCACCGCAGUGUCCACACUCAAAGACCACACAUGGCGCCAACCGCAUGAUGAGCUACCAGAGAUGCUUGGAUUGCCAACAAGAGCAACAGAUGCCUCUGACCCCUUUGAAAGACCUGCAGCACUGGAACCACAACCUGGCCUUCCUGCAGACCGACUUCCUCAAGCGGAUGGUCAACUUAGAGCUGGAGAAGAAGAAGCAGGAAGCCACCGGGUCUUUGGGAGCACAGCCCAAAGGCCUAGCCAAGGCUCAACCAAAGUCUGUAGCCAAGGCGACAGCUGUCAAGAGCCGAGCGCAACCAGUGCCAACCUUGAUAGAACCGAAAGACGAGGAGGAAGAGACCUUCCUGAACAAUGCAGUCUUCAUCGGGGACGAGGAGGACAUGGUGAUGGAGCAGUACACCAAUCCACCACCGCAGCAACCUUGCAGUCGAUGUCAACGAGGCCUGGUGAGUCUCAUGCGGGACACAGCCAAUCAACAGUUGGUGUGGAAUUGCAACAAUCCAGCAUGUGCGUUUUGUUGCCCGGAUGUGAACGAUAUCCUGGAACCAGCACAGGGUGUUUUCCUGUGUCCACAAUGCCAAGCGGCGGAGCUGUUGCCGAUCAGAGGAGAAGCUCGGUUGGGCUAUUGGAUGAAAGAUGGAAACCCACACCUUGAGACUGACGAGAACCUGGGCCUGAACAAGUCCUACGACCAGAUCAUUGAGGCCUUGGACGUGGACCCUUUGACGACCUAUGUAGCCAUCGGAUAUGGUGAUUUUGUCAAAGGUCUCACGUCAGUUGUGACUAUGCCUGUGAUUAGCCGUCGGAUCAUUUUGACCAAGAACGGCGAUGGUUUCUGGUGUGCAGUCAACGUGUCCAACAUCCCUGGCAAUGACUACCAGUUUGGCUCGACAGUGCACUACAUGGUCUUCUAUGAGUUCACCCCGGAGUUUGUCAGCUACAUGGUGGAUGUGGAGUUUGAGAAUGAAACGACUUUGAGCAGAACAACCAAGACAGAACUAUCCAACAGCCUUGACAAUGCCUUGGGUGACCUCUCAGUGUACUGGACGCUGUGGGAAAACUCUGAUGAACCACAUGAUGUUGUCGAGAUCUUUGGCAACCUCCCACAAGAGCGCAACGCCAUUGCAGAGCUCUACAGCCCUCCAAGAGUUGUGGAAGCUGCCAUUGCCAGAGGACUUGUGGCUGACCUGUCCAUCGACCUCAGCACUGGAUACGACCUCAGCCUGCCUGCCGAGAAAGAGAGGGCAAGAGAGCAAAUUCGAAAGCGCAAACCGCGCUUGUUGGUCACUUCACCGCCCUGCACCAAGUUCUCACCACUUCAGAACAUCAGGAAGUAUCCAGAACUUCUUCAAGAAGAACUUGGACCUGCGAUUGACCACAUGGACUUCUCCAUGGAGAUGCAGGAAGAGCAGUUGAGCCGUGGUGACCUAGGUCUACAUGAGCAUCCUGACUUGGCAACCUCAUGGGAAUUGCCAAAAGUUCAACAGUUUUUGUCGCAUGAGGAGGUGCUCCUGAUCAAGUCACAUUUGUGUCGUUUUGGUUUGAUCAUCAAUGGGAAGCUGAGCAGGAAAUCAACUUUGUUUGCCACAACAUGUGAUGCCAUAGCUGCCAAUUUGCAGCGACUUUGCAACUGCGUGGAUGGGCAUCAGCAGCUCAUCAAUGGUCUUCCGCAUCAAGCUCAGACUUACCCACCUGCGUUGGUCAAAGCAAUUGUUGAUGGUUUGAUUCAAGAUUGGGUUGAUCAACAACAGGGGCGGCCAACCAGAUUGCCUGACCAUGGGGAUCUCUGUCAGUGGAUAGAUGAACUUUUUCCAGAGCAACACCACCACUGGCGGCAUUUCCAUGGAUCAGCAAUCCUUACGGUUCGCCGACCUCAACAUGUUCCAGUUUGUGGCCCGGGACACCGGACAGUGCGUUGGACUUGGGUUUUGAAUCCCAUUGAUGGCAAGUGGCUCCAGCUUGAACAAGCUCGAACUGGCAAACCCAAGAAGCUGGAGAUCAAGUAUGAGUACAUGAUCGUGCUCUACCACCAUCCUGAGAUCUUCAUGACACUUGCUGAAGGAUCCAGCGUGAGCAUGUCCGAGAAGAACAUGGUGCUUAGAGCACAUGUGAAUUUGGGCCACCCAUCAGUCAAAGAAUUUGUACGUUUGCUGAAAGCUGCGGGCACUCGGAACGACAUCAUCACCUAUGUCCUCCGAGAGUUCCACUGUGAAGGAUGUUUGAAGGAGCGCAAACAACCAACUCGUUUGCCCUCAGCCACACCACGCACCUACGACUUCAACGUUGUGGUGGGCGUGGAUUUGCUGUUUGUCUAUGGUCACAACGACAAAGAUGAACACCCCAUCCUCAAUGUGACGUGCAUGGGAACGCUCUACAGCACCUUCACUAUGGUGGAUGCCCAUCGCAGAGGAGCAGCUUUGGUUUGGUCUUCUUUCCUGAAAUGCUGGCUGCGAACGUUUGGAAGCCCAAGCUUUCUGAUCAUGGACCAGGGCCUUGAGUUUCAAGGCAACUUCAUUGAUGGACUUGGGAGCCACGGGAUACAACCAAUUUUGAUUGAUAGGGAUGCACCUUUUCAGAACGGCGUCACUGAGCGUCGAGGUGGUCUUUUCAAAGAGGUGUACUACAAAACCCGUGAGCUUCAUCAACCUGCAAACCUUCAAGAAGUACAAGACAUGGUCCAUGAAGUGUCAUGGGCAUUGCAGACCAUGACAAACCGCAGUGGCUACUCACCAGCCCAGCGAGUGUUUGGCAAACAGCCCAGCAUAGCCAUGGAGAUCUUGAAUGACUCUGGUGAAUACACCUUCUCCAACACCAACGAUGAGGCCUGGAAACGCUCUGAACAGAUACGUCAAGCAGCUCGCAAAGCACUGGUUGAAAUCGAUGGUCGAGAGCGACUUCAACGAGCUGCCAGAGCAAGACCCAGAAGAGCCCUUGAGAACUUGCAGUUUGAAGAAAGCGAACCUGUCAACGUGUGGAGACAGGGCAAGAGGGCAAGCCAAGCGAAAGUUGGACCUUGCUUUGUCGUCUUGCAGAAGGGCGACACCGUUUGGGUCACCAGGCGAGGUGAGUUGUGGAAGUGCCACAAAAGCCAGGUCUUCAAGAUGGGCAACUUGGAAAAACAAGGGCUUGAAGCCAUCCCCUUGGAGCUCCUCCGUGCCAAGGAGAAACCACGUUUUCAUCCAGAAAAACUUGGCUAUGUCGACGUGGAGAGCGAGGGUGAGCCCAGACUUCCUUCAGUGCAAGACCUACCACCACAAGCACAGCAGCUGCAGCCUCAGCGACAGAAGACCAACAACGAUGACAUACACCGGAGGGCUCCUCAAACACCCAGAGGACCCCCCGAAGGAUUGAGAACACCCAAUCCAAAGACACCACGAACAUCACAAACACAACCAACUACACCUGUGAUGCAACCUUCUCAACUACCACAACCUACAACACCGGCCAUUCACAGAGCAAUGCCAGUGACACCACUUCCAGCAACAAUCAUACCAGUCCCAGAAUCACCACCACAGAGCAGAUCACAAUCACCAGCACCUGCACAACCAACACAAGAACCAACAACAACAACCACAACUGAAACUACCACACUUGACAAACAUACACAAUACAGGACCGACAAGACCAACAGGUCAAGAUCACCACCUGGCAGAGAGCAAGUGACAACAAGCACAGCAUCACCAAGCACAGCCAAGCCAACAGCAAAGCAGAACAUUGCACCACAACCAGCAACACAAUCACAACAGACACCACCUGCAACAGAAGCAGAUGAGCUCUGGAGGGCAACUGUUGAAAAUGAACGAGCUCGAAGCAGUACAACGCCUGCAACACAACAACAACCAGAUGAACCACCACCACUACGAUGUUGGCGACGCUAUGACUUAGCAGCCAAGAGGUAUCGUGCCUCCAACUCCAAAGGACCUCUUUGGGGAGAUGUGACUCGACACAUCACCAUUGACCUCGAUGCCUCCAUUGUCAUCCAGGACAAGAUCAUCACUGACAACCUGACGGUGCACAACCUUCAUGAACGACUUCCAGUUGGGGUGGACAACAUUGAAACCAUCCUGGUGUACCGGCAGAUUCCUGGACAUCCUGAUCCUGGCGAACCAUUUAAUGAUCGAGUUCUACAAGGUGCACGACCUCUUCUACCAGAUCAACUUCCUGAAGAAGAUGCACGUUUGGUGGACGCUGGCAUGAAGCGUGGACUUGAAGAUCCAACACCGAAUGAACGAGUCACCAACAAGUCCAAGAUCUUUGGCAUGUGGCGAGCUGAUGAUCUGACUGAAUGGGGCGACAAGAAGAUCCACCCAGUGAUUGCCAACCAGCGUGACCUGCAGAACUUCAAGAAGCUGGACAAGAACGACAUCUACUACGAGAUGAACAAGAAGUUGCAAGAUGAUAUCACUUCUUUGGCCUAUUUGACCAAGCAGAGUGGCAAGGAGCUGAACGAGAAGAAGCUGACCGAAGCAGAGUUGAAACUGUUUCGAGAAGCCAAGCUGCUCGAGAUCAACAACCUGAUCAACUCCAAUGCCAUCGAGAUUGUCCUCAACGAGAAGGAGCUGGCCGAGAUCAAGGAGCACAAGGCGCACAGGAUCAUGCCAUCCCGCUUCAUCCUCACGAAGAAGGCUGGCGAAGUUGGAGAAAGUUGGAAGGCAAAGGCAAGAUGGAUUCUCUUGGGACAUAAAGACCCAGAUGCAAUGUCCCUGGAGCGCUAUGCUCCAACACCAUCUUCAACGACUGUGAUGAUGUGCCUCCAGAUCAUUGCAACCAUGAAGUUCCACCUGUACAUCAUGGACGUUAGCUCAGCAUUUGGUCAGUCUGACCCUCAUGAACGUGAACAAGGACCAUUGUUUGCAUCAAUGCCACCAACAGGCAUUCCAAAUGUACCACAACAUGCUUUGGUGAGGGUGUUGACAGCAGUUUAUGGGCUUGUCAACGCACCUGCAAUUUGGAGGAAGACGGUGAGAAGACACCUGAUUGAAUUGGGCUACUUGGAGUCUGUUUUCGACCCAUGCCUCUACUACCUCAAGCCCGACGAGACCGAGAUGGCUGAGUUCGGCAAGUUUGGCGUGGCAGGGAUUGUUCUUUUGGAUGUGGAUGAUUUUUGCCAAGGUGGAGGUGAGCGGCAUGAAUCGCUCAUGGGUGAGCUGAGACAGCGACUCAAGUUCGGCAAGUGGCGAGAUGUCUAUGGUAACUCAGCUGAGUACAUUGGCAGGACCCUGAAACAACUGCCAAGCUAUGAGAUCCAAGUGAGCAUGAAGAGGUACAUAGAAGAGAAGUUGCGACCAGUGACUUUGAGCAAAGAGCGUGCAAAGGAGAAAACAUCACCUUUGACGGAGCAGGAGACCACAUGGCUUCGUGGAGUUGGUGGAUCUUUGCUAUGGGUUGGAAAAGAAGGGCGACCAGAUGUUGGCGCAGCUUGCGCUAUGGCUAUGUCAUGGAGCACCGGCGGACCGACUGUCGACCACAUUCACAUGGCCAACAAGACGGUAGAUGAGCUGAAGCAGACGGCAGACGUGGUCAUCCGCGUGAUCCCGAUAACUGCGAGCGAUGGUAUCUGGAUGAGCGUGGCCGAUGCUUCGAUGGCGAACGCCGACAGCAGCAAGAGCCAAGGCGGCUACAUCAUUGCGUUUGCCGAGGCGAAGAUCAUGGCUGGACAACGUGCUGCCUUCAGCAUCAAUAGCUGGAGGUCGCACAAGCUGAAGAGAGUUGUGAAAGCAACUUUGGGAUCUGAGGCACUUGCAAUGGAUGAUGCGUUGGCGGAGAUCGAAUGGGUUUCGAGCUCUAUGGCAUGA